UGCAUUUUGUAUUUAAUAAAUUUAUAACAAAAUGAUUAUCAAAUUGACACUUCAAGUCUAAUUUCCAGAAGACAAAUCAUACAUAUAAUAGAACUAUUAACUUGUUGAUGGUUAUUGCGUUAUAAUUAAGUUAACCAUUGAUUAACUUCGUCUUCAAAGAGAUUUUCUGGACACAAUCUAAACUUUAUAAUUGCCCAAAAAAAAAAAAAAAAGGCAUGAAACACAAUCAAUUAGAGGAAAGAAUUAAACACAGAUAUUUCGUAAUCAUGUUCGACAUUAGCUCAUAAACAAGUGGGAAGGGCUCUUGAGUGAAAUCUUCGAAUCUAUACGCAUCAAUUGCCAAAAAAGGAAACGCUCUGCCUUGCUCCUUUUGCCAAAAUCGCUCUCUCUCUCUCUCUCUCUCUCUCUCUCUCUAUCUCUCUCUCCCAAAAGCUUCUAAACCCGCCCCUUUCACCUUCCAUGGCCGCUGAAAUUACAGAAGGGUUCAAACGGUUGAACCCUUUUGCACCCGAGUACUUCCCCUCCUACUAUUGCCCCCCACCGCCACCUCUAAACCCUAGCUACUAUUAUUCUUCAUACUCCCAUCAAAUUGCCACUACCGUUUUCUUCAAUACCUCUGUUCCCACUGCUCAAACCCUACCCUCUCAUCACUUUGCACAAGGACCUCAAGUGCCUGAAAAACUGCAGCAGAAAAGCUAUGGCAAUGAUAUGGUCGAAAACCAGAAGACGACGGUUCCUCGGCCCACACGGCUAGUUAGGGGAAGAAGGUCCACCUCCAGUUAUGGAGGUCUAGGGAGUAGUAUUGAUGGCAAAAAGCAAAGGGGUAAGUUCGAGAAGAGAAAGGAGUGGAAGCCAAGGGUUCGCGGCAGCUAUAGGAUAUCUGACGAUAAAUUUGGAACUAUUAAUUGGAAGGGAUGUAAUGAUCUCCGUGUGGAAUACUUAAAUAAUUUCUCUAUGCCGAAGAAGGUGAAGACCAAAAGUUACGCCGAUGUUUUGCAUGUGGAAGAACAUGGAGAAAAUACAGCCGUCAUGAUCAGAAAUAUCCCAAACAAAUACACCCGGGAUAUGCUGAUGGCGUUUCUGGAUGCCCAUUGCGCUGAGGAGAAUGAUAAACCUGAAGUAGGAGAUGAGAUUUCAUCCUAUGAUUUCUUAUAUCUGCCUAUAGACUUCAAUACUGGGUUUAACAAAGGGUAUGCGUUCGUCAACUUCACCAACAGCAAGGCAGUCUGGAAAUUUUCUGAAGGGACUGGUGGGAAGACUUGGGAUCUUUUCUACUCUUCAAAGAAACGUGAAAUUGCCUACGCCAAAAUCCAGCAAAAUAUAAUGAAAGAUACAAUGGUGUUAGUGGUGAUUAAUUACGACGUAAUUGGUGAUCAGGGCAAGAAGGAGCUGGUAAGUCAUUUCGAGACGAUGAGGUUUCCUUGUGCAUCAGAGGACGUGCUGCCGGUGUGUUUCGACCCACCUCGAGACGGUUCCAGGAUGUCUGUUCAGAUCUCGACUGUAGGCCAUGCAGUGGAUCUUAAUCGACAUGACAAUUAA